AUGGCGGCGGCGGCGGCCUCAGGGACAUCGUACGGCGCGCCGGUGCAGUUCCCCAUGUACCACCCGGGGGCCGCGAUGGCGUACUACGCCCACGCGUCCAUGGCCGCGGGUGUUCCUUACCCGACUGCUGAAGCUGUUGCUGCUGCCGCAGCUGCGCCAGUUGUGGCAGAAGGAAAGGGCAAGGCUAAGGGCGGUGACGUGUCUCCUGAGAAGGGCAGUUCUGCUGCGCCCUCUGGCGACGACGCUUCGCAGAGCUGUGGGAGCGGCAGUGACGAGUCUUCAGACACGAGAGAUUAUGACACUGACCAAAAGGAUUCGUCUGCACCUAAGAAGAGGAAAUCUGGUAAUACCUCAGCGGAAGGUGAACCGUCUCAAGCUGCUGCUGUUCCAUAUGCUGCUGUCGAGUCACCGUAUCAGUUGAAGGGGAGGUCUGCCUCAAAGCUUCCAGUUUCUGCGCCUGGGCGGGCAGCACUUCCCAAUGCCACGCCAAAUCUGAACAUAGGGAUUGAUCUUUGGAGUGCUUCUCAAUCCUUAGCUGUGAUCCCAGUGCAGGGGGAAGCAAAUCCUGGCUUGGCGCUUGCCCGAUGUGAUGGUGUUGGUCAGCUGGACUCUUCCACUCCCGGUUAUAUACAACUCCAAAGCCAAGAAGAACAUAUGGUGGUCGUGCACCAACACAUCGCCGCGCUUGCAGCAGGAAAGGAAUGUGUUGAUGACGAGCAGCUUCAUACGUCUUGGCACCCAGCCGGCGUUGAGGAGUUAGUCCCGCCCUCGGCGAGGACGUCUUGGUGCGUGACCACCAUCAACAAGGAGUCGUCUUCCAGCAUAGCCGCCAUCGACGAGGUCUCCACCCAGCCACCGGCAUUGGCGUCUUGGCGCGUGACCAACGUAAAGUCCGCCCAGCCAGCAACGCUGGUGGCGAGGUCUUCCAGCGUGGCCACUGACAGGAAGUCUCCACAGGGCCGUCUCGCGCGGAUACUGGAUGAGCGUGAAAUUAAGAGGGAGAGGCGAAAACAAUCUAAUAGGGAGUCUGCGAGGAGAUCAAGGUUACGCAAGCAGCAAGAGUGCGAGGAAUUAUCCAGGAAGGUUGCUGAGCUGACAACUGAGAACAACGCCCUCAGAACUGAGCUUGACCAGCUUAAGAAGGCCUGUGAAGAUAUGGAAGCACAGAAUGCACAACUAAUGUCUCAGGAACCUGCUGCGGUCACAACCACACUGGGCAUGAGCAUCGCAGCGCCCAAAGUGCAGCAGCACGAUGAUGAGGGUAAACUUCAUAAGAAGGCUAAUAAUAACAGCAACGGGAAGUACGUAGGUGGCAGCCACAAACUGGAGGCUAACCCUAGGUGA